CCUGAUUGGACCCAACGUCCAUGGGCUGAGGGUUUUUCUCUCCGGUUUUCUGGAACACGGCCUGCGCCCCGCUGUGGGGUCCCCGAUUGCUCGAGGCCAUGCCCGUGGCUGCUGCUCCCAUCAUCAGCUCGGUCCAGAAGCUGGUUCUGUACGAGACCAGAGCUAGAUACUUUCUAGUUGGGAGCAAUCAUGCAGAAACGAAAUACCGUGUCUUGAAAAUUGACAGAACUGAACCUAAAGAUUUGGUCAUAAUUGAUGAUAGGCAUGUAUAUACUCAGCAAGAGGUGCGAGAACUCCUUGGUCGCUUGGAUCUAGGAAAUAGGACAAAAAUGGGACAGAAAGGAUCCUCAGGGUUAUUUCGAGCAGUUUCAGCUUUUGGUGUUGUAGGUUUCGUCAGAUUUUUAGAAGGUUAUUAUAUUGUGUUAAUUACUAAAAGGAGGAAGAUGGCAGAUAUUGGUGGUCAUGCAAUUUAUAAGAUUGAAGAUACAAAUAUGAUCUAUAUACCUAAUGAUUCUGUACGAAUAACUCACCCUGAUGAAGCUAGGUAUCUGCGAAUAUUCCAAAAUGUGGACCUAUCUAGCAAUUUUUAUUUUAGUUACAGCUAUGAUUUGUCCCACUCUCUUCAAUAUAACCUCACUGUCUUGCGAAUGCCUCUGGAGAUGUUAAAGUCAGAAACAACCCAGGCUCGGCAAGAGAGCUUUGACAUCUUUGAAGAUGAAGGCUUAGUUACACAGGGUGGAAGUGGUGUAUUUGGGAUCUGUAGCGAGCCUUACAUGAAGUACGUGUGGAACGGUGAACUUCUGGAAAUAAUUAAGAGUACUGUGCAUCGUGACUGGUUGUUGCAUAUCAUUCAUGGGUUCUGUGGGCAAUCAAAGCUGUUAAUCUAUGGACGACCAGUGUAUGUCACCCUAAUAGCAAGAAGAUCCAGUAAGUUUGCCGGGACCCGUUUUCUAAAGAGAGGUGCAAACUGUGAGGGUGAUGUUGCAAAUGAAGUGGAGACUGAGCAAAUACUCUGCGAUGCUUCUGUGAUGUCUUUUACUGCUGGAAGUUACUCUUCUUAUGUGCAAGUUAGAGGAUCUGUGCCCUUGUAUUGGUCUCAGGACAUUUCAACCAUGAUGCCUAAACCUCCUAUUACGUUGGACCAAGCAGAUCCCUUUGCACACGUGGCUGCCCUUCACUUUGACCAGAUGCUUCAGAGGUUUGGCUCCCCCAUCAUCAUCUUGAAUCUAGUGAAGGAACGAGAGAAAAGGAAGCAUGAAAGAAUUCUGAGUGAAGAGCUUGUAGCUGCGGUGACUUACCUCAAUCAGUUUUUGCCUCCUGAGCACACUAUUGUCUAUAUUCCAUGGGAUAUGGCCAAGUACACCAAGAGCAAACUGUGUAAUGUUCUUGACCGGCUGAAUGUGAUUGCAGAAAGUGUGGUGAAGAAAACAGGUUUCUUUGUAAACCGUCCCGAUUCUUACUGUAAUAUUUUGCGGCCAGAUGAAAAGUGGAAUGAACUAGGAGGAUGUGUGAUUCCCACUGGUCGCCUGCAGACUGGUGUUCUUCGAACUAACUGUGUGGACUGCUUGGAUCGUACCAACACAGCACAGUUCAUGGUCGGGAAAUGUGCUUUAGCUUAUCAGCUAUAUUCCUUAGGAUUGAUUGACAAACCUAAUCUACAGUUUGAUACAGAUGCAGUUCGAUUAUUUGAGGAACUCUAUGAAGACCACGGGGAUACCUUGUCCCUUCAGUAUGGUGGCUCUCAACUUGUUCAUCGUGUGAAAACCUACAGAAAGAUAGCGCCAUGGACCCAGCACUCAAAGGACAUCAUGCAGACCCUGUCUAGAUACUACAGCAAUGCUUUUUCAGAUGCUGAUAGACAAGAUUCCAUCAAUCUCUUCCUGGGAGUUUUUCAUCCAACCGAAGGAAAACCUCACCUCUGGGAACUCCCAACAGACUUUUAUCUGCAUCACAAAAAUACCAUGGGGCUUUCAGCAACAAGAAGAAGUUACACUUAUUGGUGGACACCAGAGGUAAUAAAGUAUCUGCCAUUGCCCUAUGAUGAAGCGAUCUGUGCGGCAAACUUGAAGAAACUGAUGGUGAAGAAGUUUCACAAACACGAAGAAGAGAUCGAUAUCCACAAUGAGUUCUUCCGGCCCUAUGAACUGAGUAAUUUUGAUGAUACCUUUUGCUUGGCUAUGACAAGUUCAGCACGUGACUUUAUGCCAAAGACCAUUGGCAUUGAUCCAAGUCCUUUUACUGUACGUAAACCCGAUGAAACUGGAAAAUCAGUAUUGGGAAACAAAAGCAAUAGAGAAGAAGCCGUAUUACAGCGGAAAACAGCAGCCAGUGCUCCGCCACCCCCCAGCGAGGAGGCUGUGUCCAGCAGCUCUGAGGACGACUCUGGGACCGACCGGGAGGAUGAAGGAUCAGUGUCACAGCGCUCCACUCCAGUGAAGAUGACCGACGCGGGAGACAGUGCCAAAGUGACUGAGAAUGUUGUUCAGCCAAUGAAAGAAGUAUAUGGGAUUAACCUCUCCGAUGGCCUUUCAGAAGAUGACUUCUCCAUUUAUUCAAGAUUUGUUCAGCUGGGGCAGAGUCAACAUAAACAAGACAAGAGUGGCCAGCAGCACUGCUCCAAGUGCUCAGAUGGAGUUAUAAAAUUGUAA